GCAGGCAGGAGACUGGACUCUCCACAUGCUGACCCAAUCAGGAGCUGGAAAAAUGGUCAGCAUGUCUAAAAUGGUAUAUAAGGAGACACUGUCGAUAGGUUAGCACAGAAGAUUUCUAAGAGAAUCAUCUCACAAUGCUCAGGCUUCUUGUACUGGCUGCUCUUGUCAUUUUGGGACAAUGUAAUAAUGAAGGCAUCAGCUAUUUUGAACAGCUGCCAAGUGGGCGUGUGGUAGGAGGAUCUAAUGCAGCUAAGAAUGCCUGGCCCUGGCAGGUUUCUAUUCAAUAUCUGUCUGGUGGUUACUGGUACCACAACUGUGGAGGAACCCUCAUUCGUCCUAACCGUGUGCUGACUGCUGCUCAUUGCAUGGACAUACCUGGUACCUACCGAGUGGACCUUGGAGAAUACAAUCUUGCUUCUUACGAAGGCUCUGAACAGUUCAUUGCCGUCUCAUCCUACAAGAAACACUCUUUGUGGAACCCCAGCAAUAUUGCUAACGGAUAUGAUAUUGCUAUCCUGUGGCUGGCCUCCAGUGCUACCCUGAACAGUGCUGUGAAAUUGGCCACUCUGCCAACAAGUGGAUACACCCUGCCCAACAACUACAACUGUAUUAUUGCCGGAUGGGGGAGAGUCAGCACCACUGGACCUUUUCCUGCUAUUCUCCAGCAAGUCACUCUGCCUGUAGUUGCCUACCCAACUUGCUCUCUCAGCUCCUGGUGGGGUUCCACUGUCAAGUCCAGCAUGAUCUGUGCUGGUGGAGAUGGAGUCAAGUCUGUUUGCUUUGGUGAUUCCGGUGGACCCCUCAGCUGCGUUGUCAAUGGUGUGUAUCAAGUCCAUGGUAUUGUCAGCUUUGUGUCUUCUCUGGGAUGCAAUUACUACCAGAAACCAUCCGUGUUUACCAAAGUCUCCUCUUACAUCCCCUGGAUCAACAGUGUAAGUAAUGUAUAUGACUGUUUUAGAUUAUACACCAAACUAUAUACUAUCGUGUCAAUAGGACUUACCCUGGAUUGCUGUGCUGUACAGAGCACAACACAAGCUUCUAUUCAGGGCCAAAAUCGCUUUUGCGAGUCGGGAAAAACAGGUGGGUUUUUGGCUCGCCUGGUGGCCAACCAGAGAGAGGAUAUCAGUAUAAAAGAAAUUAGGAAUCUACAGGGAAAUGGAGUGAGAUCAGCAGAUGAGAUUAGAGAGGAAUUCAUGAAAUAUUACUCUACUCUAUAUAAAUCUGAGUCUACGGUCUGUCGUUCUGAUAUGGACUACUAUCUCCAACAACUGGCGCUCCCCCAGUUAUCUAUUGAGGCUAGAAAAAUGCUGGAUUCCCCCAUUCUUUUGGAGGAACUUCAGGCGACUCUCCCGCAUCUAAAGUAUAGUUCUUCUCCCGGAUUAGAUGGUUUACCGUUUGAAAUCUACAGAAUGUCUAAAUGGGACCUGUCCUGUAUGGAGACUUACUGGUAUGGAGAUGAAUUGGCAGUGCUCUUUAGGAAACUAAUAUGCAAAGAGGUAUCUCCCAAGAAAGAGAACCAUCUCGCCAGUGCCAACUAUUGGGAGAGGUUCCCUAUAAGUCAAGAUCAAACUUUUAAACAAGCCUUGGGAUUUGACAUGGGAAUAUGGUCAAGCUAG